AUGUUUUCACUUUUGAUAAACUUCUGCAAAAUGUCUGGUAUUUUUAACAUAGGAAACGAUUAUUCCAGCUUAGCAUAGUCACUGUUUAUACUGUUUGUCCCCUUAACCAAGUCUCCCUUGACUUGUAAAGCUGGUUUAAMASUUCCUGAGGCUCCAGAUGAAAUAGACACAAACGUUGGGAAAGAUGACAGAUGACCAGUUCUCCUGAGCCCUGACCUGCCUCUCUCUCCCAGGUCAACUUGGUGAUGAAUCUGGAAGGUAGUGACCUGUUGGCAGAGAAGGUGGACCGAAGAGAGUUUGUAGGCCUGCUGAAGAGGAUGUUGUGGAUCGAUGCGGAGAAGAGGAUCACCCCCGCUGAGGCGCUCAGCCACUCCUUUAUGUCCAUGCAACACCUGCUCGACUUCCCCCAUAGCAACCAUGUCAAAUCAUGUUUCCACAUCAUGGACGUAACCCGGUCUCGUCCCGGUCCUUACGACACGCUCAACCGGAACAAAGCCCCCUUCAUCAGACCGGUGACCACGACCACCACCACAGUUAACCUGACCCGGCCCUUCAGCAAGAUGGCCRCCAUCCACAACCAAGUAAGCAGUUUCACCACAUCAAUACAGUAGCCGUCACAUGGAGGG